UAAAAAUUAGAUAAUUAAAGUUAAUAAAGCUUUAAUGUAUUUUAAUUAUUUGUACGUAAGUAGUUUUAAAAAGUCAAUUAAUUGUCAAAAUAGAAAAUUGUAAUGACCUCUAGCUGUUGAGAGAUAGAAAUGACAACUAGACAUGUUAGAUGGAUAGAGAGAAUGGGAAAGAGAAAGAAACAAUAGCAAGAAAAGAAUUGUGUUUCCGAGACAAAAGGCUAAAACUUAAAGUAGAGAAAUAAAAGUCUUAUAUCUUGUUGAAUGAAUAGAAAACUUUUAAGCUUUUGCUCGCAGAAAUUCGUGAUAUGAGCAAAAGGAAUUAAUAUUGGUUUAUUAAAAGUUUAUCUUUUAAUUUUUUCUCCAGCCGACUUUAAAAAAGAAAAAUGAAAGGUUGAAAGCUUUUUCGGAGACAAUUGAACAAAGUUUCUCUUCUAUAAUUAAAUUUCUGUCAAGUUGUUCUCGACUUAGCAUUGAAAGCAGUAUCCCUCUAGUGGCAAAUAAAUACUUCUAUAUAUAUAUAUAUAUAUACACAUAAAUAUAGUUGCAGACGUACAUACUAAAGGUUAAAAGGAAUAGCGAAAAGACAAGCAGGAAAAGUUAACAGAAAAUAUAUUUAUCAAAGUAAACUUGGCUUAUCAACUUAAAUAAGUUGUUAAUAUUAUUGCAAGUACUGAAGAUGAUGGGUGAACACAUUGGGCUUACUCCAAGCGUUCUAGUCUACGCCAUACUCUUGAUUAUAUCAACACUUGUUGGUAAUUUGGGAAAUUGUUGCGUUCUUGGAGCAGUUUUUUGUGAUAAACGGCUCAGAACGGAAAGUAAUGUAUUCAUCGUUAAUUUGGCAAUAGCCGACUUAUGUGUCACUUGCUUUGUCGAUCCAAUGAGCGUAGCGGGAGUUUUUCUUAAAGACAGCUACUUUUUAGAAAGGCCAAUACUUUGUCACGCUAUUGGUAGUAUAUGUCUAAUAAGUUGCGUCUGUUCACUUUGGAGUAUUGGAGCGAUAAGCUUAAACAGAUACGUUAGAAUCUGUAAAUCAAAUAACUACAACAAACUUUUCAGCUGGCGUCUUACUUACUUUUACACAUUUUGUAUAUGGUUCUUUGCUCUGAUGCUUGAUGUACCAAACUUUGCAGAUUGGGGAGAUCACACUUACGAUAUGAAGACUCUGGCUUGCUCUUACGAUAGAUUGGCUUCGUACUCUUAUACCGUAUUUUUUAUUAUGAUGUUUGUUUCACUUCCUCUAUUGACAGUCUUAUUUUGCAACAUAAAUAUAUUUUUAAUCGUAUUGAAGAGUAAAAGAAGAGUAAGGCUAAGAGAUCCUAAUAUUAAGGAAGGGAAAACAAUGACCAGUUAUUUUACAGACAACAGUCAAACCCAAACAUCAAAUUCUGAACUGGAAAAACUACAAAGGAAAAAAGCUCAAAGGGCAUUUAAAAACGACAUUAAACUGGCAAGAACUCUACUUAUCGUUUUCAUUGUAUUCUGUUUUAGUUGGGCUCCCUACGCCCUAAUUUGUCUUAUAGACCGUUACGAUAAGGCCCCUCAUGCCGCUUACUACUAUUCGGUCUUGUUUGCUCAUGCGUCAAGCUCCACAAACUCCAUAUUAUACGCUGUAACGAAUAAGUUAUUCCGAAACGGUUACAUGCUCUUCCUGCAAAACCUUCGGCAGAUGCUAAAACUGUCAAAGAAUCGUGUAGCGAUUGUAAAUAAUAUUUCGGAGUCGGUUACACAAAAGGGUAGCUGAUUGAAGGAGGAAACGUGGGAAAGAGAAGACAUCAAUUGAAUUAAACGCCGGUAUUAAUUUUGUGUUUUUUACUUAAAAAAAACAAAAAAAUAAAAAUGUAUCAAUCUUAUUCCCUCUUUUAUAUUAUCUUAUCCUAUUUAUUUCUUUUAUACGUUUCUCAAAUACGAAUUAGUUUAAGCUCUUUACUAUAUCGAUAUAGAUUAAGAAACCUCUUAUUUCAAACUCUUAAAGCAUCCUUUCAAUUUGG